UGAUGCUGGAAACUAAAAGCAUCCAUGUUGUUUCACCAAUCGAUGAAAGGGCGAAAAUUGCCAGUUGGGUGAUUCAGAAUUCCGACUGCGUGGAGACGUACUGCAGUUUUUGUGGGGAGACGGGAGAAGGAGAAUGGAUUGGCUGUGAUGUGUGUCCACGCUGGUUUCAUGCUGGAUGCUACAACGGAGAUAUUGCGGAGAUAUUGGACGUACUUUGGAAAUGUCCAGCAUACGAGGCCGGUUGGCAUUAAAACGCAUUUGAUGUAAAAAUAAGUUUCAAAGGGUUGCCACUUGACACUAACAAGUAGAUCAAAUGGCCAUUUCCCGUUAACCUGUCCAUUGAGUACAGAGCCAUGAAUAUACAGUAGAAGCGCUACCCACGAAAUUAAUUCGUUCCGAAGACCCUAGGUAUUACAUAAGGCGUUUUACC